GGACAUUGCCAGCGGCUGCAGCCAAUAUGGAAUGAGCUGGGAGACAAGUACAACAGCAUGGAGGAUGCCAAGGUCUACGUGGCAAAAGUAGACUGCACGACUGACUCGGACGUGUGCUCUGCCCAGGGCGUGCGGGGAUACCCCACCCUCAAGUUUUUUAAGCCUGGCCAAGAAGCAGUGAAGUACCAGGGUCCCCGGGACUUCCAGGCCCUGGAGAAUUGGAUGCUGCAGACACUGAGUGAGGAGCCGGCUACACCAGAGCCGGAAGCAGAACCACCCAGAGCCCCCGAGCUCAAGCAGGGAUUGUAUGAGCUCUCAGCCAGCAACUUUGAGAUGCAUGUUGCACAAGGCAACCACUUUAUCAAGUUCUUCGCUCCGUGGUGUGGUCACUGCAAAGCUCUGGCUCCAACCUGGGAGCAGCUGGCUCUGGGCCUCGAACAUUCUGAAGCUGUCAAGAUGGGCAAGGUUGACUGUACGCAGCACUAUGGACUCUGCUCAGAAAACCAGGUCCGAGGCUAUCCCACUCUGCUCUGGUUCCGAGAUGGUAAGAAGGUGGAUCAGUACAAGGGGAAGCGAGACUUGGAGUCGCUGAGAGACUACAUCGAGUCACAGCUGCAGGGGCCAGAGGUGGGAGCCCCAGAGACCAUCCAGCCCUCAGAGGCCCCAGUGCUGGCUGCUGAGCCCGCAGCUGACAAGGGUGCAGUGCUGGCCCUCACUGAAAAGAACUUUGAUGCCACCAUUGCAGAAGGAAUAACUUUCAUCAAGUUCUACGCACCAUGGUGUGGCCACUGUAAGAACCUGGCACCUACCUGGGAGGAGCUCUCCAGGAAGGACUUCCCUGGAUUGGCAGAGGUCAGGAUCGCGGAAGUGGACUGUACAGCUGAGCGGAAUGUCUGCAGCAAGUACUCGGUGCGGGGGUAUCCCACAUUGCUGCUUUUCCGUGGGGGUGAGAAGGUCGGUGAGCACAGUGGAGGCAGAGACCUGGACUCCCUGCACCGCUUCGUUCUGCGUCAGGCGAAGGAUGAACUAUAGACAAGCCUGCUGGGUGUUACCUGUCCUGCCUGGUCUCGGGGACCCAGGGUGUGGACUCCUACAUACAGAUGUCUGUGUUUCAGAUGGUUUUCCAGAAAGCUAAAUGUACUAAAUUCAUAGUAUCUUCUACCUGUGUGUUUAGGACAACACACUAAGAUUCCUAAGUUUCUCUCAUAACUCUAGGUUCACUGUGCAAACUCAGUAUUUGUCGGGGAGACCCAUCCCUUUCAGUCUUCUCUUGACAAAUUAAGUGGUUUCCUUUGAGCCAAAAGGAGUCAAGUCAAAUGCAGAACUAUUUUUGGCAAAAGCAGCAUUUAAAGAACAGUAUCCUGAACUCAUGAGUUCUGGAAAGCUGCCCUCAAAGCACUAUUGAUGGUUCUGUGAUCUGAAGGCCACACCGACCUAAUCAUAUGCUUGGGCUAGAGUUUGGGGAUUUCAAAACAAAGCCACAACUUAUAGAAGAUACUGUGUGAUCAGAUCAGACGCUGUCACGAUCCUUUGUGGCUUCAUGUGCAGUGAGAGAUUGAUCUGCUCAUUGUGAACAUGAUUACCUUGUCUGUAAAAAGUGGGGCUAAAAGAGUCCCACGAGGCCGGUCCUCUAUUAUGUAUAAACUUGGCAAAAGAUUCUGCCUGAAUUUGCCAUGAGUGCAGUGCCAGAUGGUUUUUCCAGGCCUGUAUACCAGAGACACCACACAUCUCUCUGGGAACCUGAUAGAAAUCAUUUCUGAUUUGUUCCCAAGUCCGUCCUUCUAGAAAGCUCACUUGUAUUCUGUCCAUCUCCAAGGAGCUUGACCUUCUAAUAUGUGAAUAGGAUUCAUUUGACCUCAAGACCAAAGACUGAAUUCUGCAGUGAUGGGCUGAUGCUUGUGUCCUAAUUCAUGCCAUCCUUGAGUGUUGCAUUUGUUGGACUAAGGUUAAGCUGUGGACCCCAGGGAAUCGCUGUUCAUCAUGGCCGCUCUGUCCAGCGCCCUUCACACCCCACAUGCACAGGCUGCGGAAGGACUCAGAAACCAGACCAGUCUACUGUCCGAGGCAGAAGGUAACAGCAGUUCACACUUCUCCACCCUCAACAAACCUUUAUUAUCCCUGGUUCACAGAUGUCCUUUUAAAAAGAAAAGCAGUGUUCUGCCGGAGGAGCCCACCAUUGUGAAUGGCGUCAGCUUUGCAUCAGGAAUCUUGUAUUGAAAGAAAAUCAAAGUGGUACAAUUUUGUUUACACUAUACUUUCUAAAUAAACUUUUUUUAAAGAAAAAA